AUGUUAACCACCAAAAAAUUGUCCAAAGCUUCUCCUUUAUCGGAAUUGAAGAGAUCUCGAUUCGAAAAGUACAGUGUGAUACUCUCCAAGGCCAAAGAGGUGCGAUUGGUGGACCUCAAGAGCAAUCCGGGACUAUUCAAUCCGCAGGCUUUUCCUUCAGGCCGUCUAAUUUAUCAUUUCAGUGACCAUAAUGACGAUUCAGAGACUCUUUUUCUUCAUGAUUUUGAGCCUUUUAGGAAGACCUUCUUGGUGGUCGGCAUAAUGCAAUGGACGGAUAGACUGACUGACGAUAAGGUCAGAGAAUCGAGAAACAAUUUAAAGAAGCUCUUUCCCAAUGUGGUAUCGCAUUUCAUCAUAGCUUUCGAUGCUCCUUCGUCUGCAACGACCAAAGUUGACGGUGUUCAUCUAAUCAAUCAGGACAAGUCCAAUCUGGUUACUGCUGUUUGCGAGAUUUCGUCUCGAUUUCUUGCCGAAUUUUCGACAUAUGCUUCAUCCUACCAGCAUGUGACUUUAAGGUCUCCUGGCUCUAUAAUAGGCAGCAAGAGACCUACACCCGGCCUGUCGCUGAUGGCGAAACAAAGAAGACGAAUCUCUGGCUCCUUCGACUUGAACGUGGAGAAAUCCAAAAAGUACAAAACCAAGGGACGACGCUUGAAGCUCUAUGCAAACUUCUACUUACUUGCAGGUAACUUGAGGAACUCACUCUCGAAUUUUUGUGAGGCUAUCUUUUACUUGAAAUCCGUCAACGACUACUUGUGGCUGGCAUCCGCUUUGGACGGACUAUCGACUUGUAUUUUACUUCUGGCACGUGUGGACACCGCAUUUCAACUUCCAGGAUUUGUUUCAACUCUUCUGGAUUCCAAUAGCAGCAACGGCAGAGACUCUGUGCUGAUGUCUCCUUUUUCUUCACCCGCUUCUUCUCCCAGACCAUCGUUACAACUUCCUGUCUCCAUAUCGAGCUCGAUUCAGGCAUCCUCGUCGGUGCAACUUUCUCCCCUACCAUUGUCGUCAAUCUGGGAGAUGAUUCAUAGGAUUUUUGCCAAGACUUUUGAGUUUUAUCAAUCCACAUUUCUUCAAGGCGAAGAUUGCGUUCCUCUGAUUGUCUUUUGCGAAUGCAACCUUCGCUUUAUUGGAUUGUUCACUUCCGUGUGCAUUGAACGUGAAUUGAAUAGAAGCGUCAUUAAUCAUACCGUUUAUGGAACAUGCCUUUCCAGAAAGCGGAUUCCAGAGGAUAUAGGCGAUUUUGAUCACGUGGAGUUUUCAGGCAUAUUCUCUCAAAUAUUUAGUGAUCGGUUCGAAGAGCUGUCCACAGAACAGAAGUGCACUAUAUAUGACUUCAUGAUUUCAACCUGCGACAAACUUAGACUGUUCAGAAAGAAAUCAUUGCUUGUUAAUGGAUUCAUUCAACUCAUGCUUUCUACUGGCCUCGAGAAUUAUCGAUACAUUUAUACAAAUGCUGAGCUAAGAGAAGUGUUGGAUUCUCAUUGUCAAGUUUACGGUAUCAAUGCAGCUGAAUUUCCUUCUUUUAGGAAUGAACCAAAUGUUCUCCAGAAGAAGAUGCUCUUUGAAGUAUUUGAGUUCUGCCAACAGGUAUCAUUUUUAGAGGGUGUAGUGAAAUACGGAUCUAUACUAUUGGCGGACUUCCCUACUUUGCUAACGGAUGGCGAACAACAGACAAUUUAUAAAGGGGUGAGAGAAGACAUGUCGAAGACGGAAGCCAAAGAUAUUCGCUACUGGGACCAACAAGUACUUCAAAACAUCGAAUUCCGUAACGAGUCAAACGACUAUCUAGUACAAAAUGAACUCAGCGAUGCGCUAAUCACAGUGAGAAAUCCGUUUGCUUUCGAUAUAGAGAUUUCGGGUCUUCAGGUUUGUUCUGCAGAUGAUACCUUUUCGCUUACUACCCAGCUGAAUUCAAGACGUCAGAAUUUGAUCUCCAUUCAAUACAACGUCCCAAUCUUGUUGAGGCCAAGAACGACAGUGUCAGUACCUAUUUUUCUUGUACCUGAUUCUAGCGGGAAGUUAAAUUUGGUUGGAAUAAUGGCCUCUAUUUGUGGCUGUGAUACCCAGCUUUUCAAGACGAUGGACGACCAAUCAAACGAAGACGACAAUGCGGGCAACCGAAUGAAAUGUAAGUCCAUUUCUUUGAAAAAUACGUUGGAUGUGGUUAAACAACCAAUGAGCAAGACUCGGGUUUGGUCGGUGAACGUGAUUUAUGAACAACCGCUCUUGAAGUUGGUCGAAGUCAAGCUCAGCAACAAAUGGAUUUUACUGUUGGAAGGUGAAUGCAAGAAGUUCGAUAUUACACUGAAAAAUUAUUCACAUGUAGAGAUUAAUAAUAUGGUAUCGACGUUUAUUGACUCCACUAUUGAACCAUUGAAUCAACUUCUUACAAACAAGAACUUGUCCCCGAAUGAAGUGUACGAGAUAGAAUACUACUUGAUCAAAAAGAAGCCGUUCCAAAUAUUGAAUAAGAAGGAGAUGCAGUACAUUAAGGGCAACAACAGCUUUAACUUGGCCAUGGAAAUAUGGGGUAAACGAGGUGUGAAAGAGGCCAAACUAAUUUUAGAGUAUUCACAUAAAAGGAAGGAGGACACUUUUAACGAAUACGACUUCACACGGUCCAUUACAAUUCCAGUCAACGUUUCUGUAUAUCCAAGUGUCGAACUAGUUGGAUGCGAUAUUAUUCCUUUGUCGUCUAGAACCAAGGUAUCCACCAACAAUCAUGGUGACUGUUGGACUUAUCUUGAGAAGAUGACUUCUCAAAGCUAUAAAAUGUCUGACUUUUGCCUUCUAGCUCUUGAUUUCCUCAACUCGUGGACAGAAGAAAUGGAGGUAACCGUUCAAUGCUUGCUCACCGGUUCCACCAAUGCAGAUUUUCAGGAGCAGAACGGACCAAUAGUGCCUCUUCCUGAGGACUCAUUCAAUAUGAGACUUAAUCUUCGCAGUAAGAAAAGUGUUAGAGUGCUCAUUCCUAUUAAACGGAUGGACUUCACAGAGGAAAUGUUGAACCAAAGAAUACCUAGCUUGAGAAAUAAACAGUUCAUCUAUGACUCCAGAACGCCAUUGGCGGAGCAGGUUUUCAUUAAGCAUGCAUUUUGGUACAGAGAUGAACUUCUGAAAAGAAUUAGAGCAUGCUGGAAGAUCCCUGACAAGGUGGAGAAUUCUGUUUAUGCUGGAAGAUUUGGAACGAUUGAUCUCAGAAGUAUUAGAUUUUCUUCUAAGAUGGUGAGCAUCCUUGAAGUGGAGAAGAUUGGACUCAAUAUACAGCUACUGGAUACGCAAGAGAAAGAAAUAGACUCUGAUGCCGUACAAUUGAAUACCUUCUACACUUUAAGGGUGAUACUAAAGAACAGGAACGAUACUGCUGUAUUUGGUAUGCUUCGACAUCUUCCAGUGUGUAGGGGUUCGGGUACUCCACUAGAAAAAAAAGUGUUAUUUAAUGGAGUUCUCCAGAAAUCGAUCGGUAAAGAGUUGAAGCCAGGAGAGUCGAGGCAGUUUGAUCUAGGCAUUGUAUUUUUAGAGAAGGGUGAAUACGAAUGGGGGGCUCUGUUUGAUGAAAUGGAAAAAAUUUCAGGUAAGAUGGCUAUCAAGGAUCAACAUCUACAGAGAGAACAGCUAAAAGUCAAAGUUUGCUAA